CUCAUUUUGAUUGGCUACCCAACGUUUUAACAUCACCUCCUGAUGCACCACCUGUGUCAAUCACACACACCUGGAGUUAAAGCUGGACCCUGGCUGGAAGUUUGUCCACAUGUUUCAAGCUAAUUAAGGAUCCUUCAAUCUUUGGCUAAAUGGAAGAGUGGAAAAAACUCAGAAGGAAGUUUUUCUUCCUCUUCUUUGGUAUCUUCGUCUUCAUGGCUGUGGUUGUGAAAUACUCCAGGACAUACAAGGUCGUCCCGCAGCCAAUCCGAAACAUACAUAGAGUUUUGAAAGCUUGCCCCCAGGAGGUAUCUGACCAGACCAUCACACCGCUCAGAAAUGCAAAGCAUUUUCUGGUGUCUGCGUACAUGGACCGUAGAGUAGAAGAUUUCGAUAUACGCAUCAUUAGCAUAUUCAAAAGAGACUCCAUCCAACCCCUAAAAUGUUUGUUCUGCUGUGCGGGCAUGUUAUCUCAUACAACACCUCCAGCAAUAAUUAAAGAACACCCAGACAACUUUGGUUUUGCCUUCAUCACUACGUUCGUCAUGUGUCAGAUUCCUCAAAAUUGCACUGCGACCCAUGUCAGUCUUUUGACCGAGCUCGAUAGUGCGAGGGUACCUACGCAGAUUUGGCUCCCAAUAAGAAACCAGAAGACCGCUGGGAAGGAAGACAUUAAGAUGCAGUUUAACAUGACUGUCUGUAUCUCCAACCUGUUUGAAUUCAACAACGCACUUCAAUACGCACAGACCCUGGAGAUGUACAGGUUGCUGGGUGUGGACAGAGUGGUGAUCUAUAACACCAGCUGUGGACCAGACCUCAACCACCUCUUGCAAAGCUACAGCCAGGAGGGCUUUGUGGAGAUGGUUCCUUGGCCCAUUGACAAGCAUAUGAAUCCAUCUCAUGGCUGGUUCUUCUCAACGCACGGAGGGGACAUGCACUACUAUGGCCAGAUAGCCACGCUCAAUGAGUGUCUUUACAGAUAUAUGGACCAAUCCCGCUACGUCCUGCUGCACGACAUAGAUGAGAUUAUGAUGCCGUACAAACACGACAGCCUACAAGUUCUCUUGGACUUGCUCCAAGAGCAGCUUCCGAAAGUUGGUGUGUUUCAAGUAGAAAACCAUAUUUAUCCCAAGAAACCCUUUCACGAAAGUAAAAAGGAACUUCUGCCCGAAUGGAGAGUAGUACCAGGAUUUAACAUUCUGGAGCACGUCUAUAAGUGGGACAGGUUGUCAGAGUCCCUUGCGUACAAGAUGAUCGUUCAGCCAAGGAUGGUGGUGCAGACUUCAGUGCAUUAUAUAACCGAGACAAGGGCGGAGCAGUUCCUAAUUCCUCAUGAGUUGGGUCAUAUUAUUCACUGCCCGGUGUCCACCCCUUAUGUUAAGCCGCUGAAGGACAUCCAAGUGGACACACGACUGUGGGACUUCAGUGACAAGCUGAUCCCUAACGUGAACCAGGUGCUGAAGAGAUUGGGGCUGUUGCGUUUGGAGUGGCAGAGCUGAUUGUUGGGAUGGAAAAACCCAAGGACGCAUUUAAAAUUGUAUGUAUUUAUCAAUUAUAUCUACAAUAUAGUGGUGCUGGAUUGUAGCCACGUUGUAGAUUUAGCAAUGUUUAAUCUAAUAAAUGGGAUUUCUGACUAUA